UUGCGCCUGGUACUGGUAAUGUAACUCUCGAAGAAGGGGAAAAAUCGCUUCCCGGUGAGUAGAAGAGGGGGAACUGAUAUAAAACCCGACAGGUGAGGGGCGGAGGCCAGUUAACUUGGAUCCAAUGUGUCGACUCUUUGUCCGCAGAAUUUAAAUUUAAAAUUAAAAAAAAUAUUUUUUUUUAAUUUAACGAAAUUGUUUAUUUUUCUCAUACAAAAUCUAAACAAUUUAAAAAAAGAAAUAAAAGUUCCUGGAUUCAAAAUUCAAAAAGUGAUCAAACAAUUACCGAUAAGUGAAGUGCGUUAAUUAACUAAUUAAUUAAUUGAUAAAUUAAUUAAUUAUCAGUUAUCAUAAUUACUAAGACUGAAUGACUUUUUGAUUGGUAAUUAAAAAAAAAAUUAAACAUAUAUAUGUAUAUGUAUGUAUAUAUAUUUAAAUAAAAGAUCAAUAUAACCGGCAGUGUACGUACGUGCGCCAUACGAACGUCAUUGUGACUGUGGUGCGCGCAUUUAUCAGUUUGGCAUUAAAACAAUUGCGAUUACCGCUGGCGGAAGUGAAAAAAAUUUAAAAAACAGUUAAAUAUUUUUUAAAAGUAUAAUUUUAUUUCGCUGUGGAAAAAUAUUUGAAUUAAAUUACAAUGAAGGCAAUGGUCGUUAGCCCGAUUGGCGGACGCGUACCACCAACACGUGGAAUAAUUAACAGUAAUUUGGGAAUAAAUGGAACAAGACGUGAUUUAGAAGCUGAAGAAGUUGCAGCCUAUCUCACUAAAUUGAGGUCUUUGGUUCCCGACAUGCCACGUAAGAGAAAACUUUCGAAACUCGAAGUUAUCCAGAGGGUCAUCGAGUAUAUCUGUGACUUACAGACAACUCUUGAAGAAACAAAUAUCCAUAAUUCUGACAGUGGCAAUAAUAAUAAUAAUAAUAAUAAUAAUAUAAGGAUGUCAACAACAACAACAACAACAUCGUCAUCAGCAAAUAGUCAAAUUAAUAAAUCGACAAUUAGACAACCACUGCAGCCACUUUUAAAUUCAGCCACUUCAAGUGUUUCGGCAAUAGCUGCGAUUGAACGGUGACCAAUUUAAUUACAUAAAUUUAUAUUUCAUCAUCAUUUAAAGUUUACAAAAAAUUAUUAUUUUAAAUAAAAACUACAUGUGUUUUAAUGAACAAGUCGAUUAUUUAAAUAUUCAAAUGGCACCAAGUGAAAAUAUUCAAAUAUUUGUCCGCUGUCAGCAAUGUGAUAUUUGAAUUUGAAUUUUCAAAUUUUAAAUUUGAAUUUUUCAUUGCGCGCCAUUUUUUUAAUUUUAAUUUUAUGUUGUCUUAAUACAUAAAUUUUAUAAAUUUAUAAUUUUUGUAUCGGCGUUUUAGUUGGAUGUCUUCCUAUAUUAUUAUUAUUAUAUUAUAAUUUAUAUAUUAAUUUUAAAAUAAAUGUAUCGAGCCACAGCCAAUUUAUAAUCAGGAUAAACUUAAAAAAAAAAUUGUAAAUAAUGUAUAUAAAUUUAUUGCAUUCCUCAUACGACCUCGUCGCAAUUAAUUAAAGUAUUCCAGUACUAUAUAUAUAUAUAAAUAUAUAUGUUAGUGUAUGCAUUUUUCAGGCACAUCAAUUGUUUUUAUUCAAUUAUUUUUUUUUUGUUACAAAUAAUUUAAAUAAAAACUAUAAUAAUUUUUUUUAUUGGCUUGGUUUAAGAUUAUUAUUAUUAUUAUUAUUUUAUUAUUAAAUUGUAUUGUAGAUAUUAUUUUAAAUGGAGUAAUUAUAAUUGAUGUUAUUACAAUAAAUAUAUAUUAAUUAUUAUUGUUAUUGUUUUCGCAAUAUUAUUUUAUAAUUAAAAGCAGCGAUUAGUCGUAGAUAUUUUAUGUAUAUUUACAAAGACUGAAAAAAAAUAAUAAAAAUAAAAAAAAAAAUAAAUAAAAAUAAAAAAAAAAAUUAUAAUAUAAGAAUGCUGUAAAUACACAACAGCGACGAGUGAGUAGGAAAGCUUAUAAAAAGUAUAAUAAAUAUAAAUCGCAUGGUGCGACAAUAAAAUAAAUAUUCGAAUAUAAAUAAAAAUAAAUUAUGUAUUUAA